AUGGCCCCCCUGAAGACGCUGCUCCUGGUCGCCCUCCUCCUGGGGGCUCUCCUGCAGGACGCCCAUGCAGCUCGAGCAGGCAGCGUGGGCUGGGAGUGCUGCGUACAGUUCUACAAAGGAUCCAUUCCCCAAAACGAGCUGGUGGAUUGGUACCGGACCUCGGGCAAUUGUCCCAACAAUGCCAUUGUGCUGGUGACUCGCUCUGGCAGAACCCUUUGUGCAAACCCCAAGGACAGAAAGGUGAAGACGGCAGUGAGGUACUUGCAGAAACACAUGAAGUCACCUAAUCUGGCCUUCCAGGAGUCUUGA